AUGGGGUUUCAACUCUCAAGUGACAAGGCAAGGAUCGUUAUCUUCAACCAGCUACCAUUCCAGAUUAAUUUAAUUUUUCGAAGAGUGCAUGAGUGUAGAUAGCAGCCUCUGACUGAAGACUUGUGUUGAGGCGCUCACGCUCCGCUUGAAUAUUUUUUGUUCCUUGCUCAAACUUGCUUGCUAACUACUCGUCAAUCUAUGUACGCCAAGAAGAGCACAUUUUUUCAAUUGUUUCGAGUGUCAACUCUAGCCAUUAUUCAUUCCGCUAUUGGGGCGAUCUUCACCUCACCGGUCUUCGACGACAUUACCACUUUGAAACGGAUUUCAUCCAAAUGGAAACUCACUUCAACUCAAUCUGAAGAGACCACAGGCUUUGGAAAACAAUUUCUGGACGAACAUGGCGAGCUUUGCUUCCUUUACAACACCCACGUACAAUUGACGGCGCGGGUAGUUGAUAUAUAUCCUAGGCAAGACGUAAUACCCACCCGCGAGGAUCUCGAGAAACAGAUUGAUCGACCAAAUCAGCCACAUCAAAAUCCACCGGUUUUUUCUCUGCCGGCCUUGCAGGUUUUUAAUCCAAUUAGGGGAAGUGUUGUGCAACUAGCUAUAAUUGAUAUGAAGAACGGCAUGAAAAUUGAGGACCAAAAGAUUCGGGGCACCUUGCCAGCCAAAUAUUACGAACUACCAGAGGGAUACGAUCCACGUAGAAUCCUGUUUUCUGUCGAUGCAAUUACCGAUCAUUGUUUGGGAAGUCUUAUGAAAUCGCAACCGACCAAGCCUGAAUUCCCGUCUCACUCAAGUUUGCUCACUUCGGACACCAUUGGAUUUGAUGAAAACGCGCCAGAUUCAAUAAUACAGCACUUCAACAUUUUCGGAUUGAUUUGGAAUUGCGGAUGGUCUUGGAUUAAAAAAACCAUGGACUUCAUUAAUUCCCCAGCUUCACCUGAUGCUUAAUUAUUUUGUGCUAUAGUGAAGACAAAUAGAUUCAAAAGCAGAUAUUAAUAUCCAGAAAAUUAACUUUCUUCUUCACAACAUUAAAAAAAAGUUCUGUAUGUCCCUCGCACUUCCAUCGGUCAAGCGCAAGGCUGGCCGGUGCAAAAAAAUUGGUAUCGGAGGAUGAAAGGGACCUGGGGGAACUGACCGUUGCAAGAUCAGGAAUGAUAACUUCUAUGAUACCAUCCUCAUUGGUGGCAUUUGGGCCUUGAGCCUAAUAGAUACCCUGGAU